UGGACUAAGAUUUUUAUAAUAAUAAUAAUAAUAAUAAUAACACCGCAACUUUUGGACUGGGACAAAACAAAGGAUGAUGAUGCAGGGCUGGUGGUGGUGGUCUUUCUUUGCUGUGUGGGUGAGUCUUGUCUCUCCAGCACUGUGCCAAAGUGGAGACGGGGAAUGGGGGUCCGGACUUUACAUGGACGCUCCACUGAUGGUCACCAAUGACACGUCCCACUCUGUUGGGGAUGAGCCUGCAAGGACAACAGUUAACCCAAAAUCAGUCACCCUAAAUCAGCCCCCAUCUCCUGCCCCCACCCUCCUGUACAAACCCCAACCAGAUAAGUGCUCUGUGUACUUUAGCACCAAAACUUCUGCAAGACUUAAAGCAUACCAAGAGGAAAUGGCAUACCUGCAAGCCAUUCAACAUGGAAACAGAGCAGUAAUGGACAAUCUGGUUCAGUAUGUGGGGGCGGAGCUUGGCCAACACAGUUAUGAAGAUAUUAUUAAGGAAAAUAUCAUUAGCAUUCAAGGAGAGCACAAAAGCUGCCAUGAGACAGUAGAGAAAGCUGAGGAGGAUCUGAAGAAGCAGCUGGAGGGGGAGGCACUCGGAGCUCUUUCAGGGAUGCAGAAAGUCAGAGAGGAGUCCUUGGCCUUUGAAGACAUGCUUUCUGCAGCAGCCGACAUCGCCAGUCGUCUGGAGAGCUCUGCCCAGGCUCUGCACGCUGCAUUCACCAGGAAGCUGAAACAUUCUGUCAACACGCAUCAAUAAGAACAC